AUGAGCACCGAGAGCUCAGCGGACAAAAUGGUGAGUUUCAAUAAGUGGAAAGAUCCUAACUGUUGGUAUAGAUUAAUGAUUACCGUUCGAUCAUCCAGAAUUCUUUCUUCCAUCGGUUGGGUGGGAUUUUGUUUCCUUUCUCCAAAUUUUCCCGUGAAACUUCAGAGACGAACAGAGAUGGACAACACAAUCCAAAACACAAAAACAGAGCAAGAAAAUGGAAGAAACUGCAUUGAAACAGGGCAAGAUGAUGAAAGAAAUUGCAUCGAAAUAGAGGAGGAAGAAGGAAUAGAAGGAUUGAUGCAAGCUAGAGAAGAGGAGGAAGGAAGAAAUGGAUCGCUGCAACCUCAACAAGAGAAGGAAGGACAAAGACGGGACUUUAUGAUGGAGGAUGAAUUGAAACCCAAAAUAGGAAGGGAGUUUGGAAGUUGGGAAGAGGCAUGGGAAUUUUGGCAAGAAUAUGCUAAAAACACUGGGUUUGAACCUAGAAAGUAUAAUGGUACAAAUAGCAGAAAAGAUGGUUCACUUAUUACAUAUCGAUAUGUAUGUUGUAAGGAAGGUUGUCGGAAAGAAGGUAAAAAGGAGACAUAUUCUUCCAAGUAUCGGGCAGAGACAAGGACUAACUGUAAGGCAAGAAUGAUAGUGUCUUUUAUUGAUCAAAAGUAUAAAAUCACUAAAUUUGAUGAAGAGCAUAAUCAUCCCUUGCACACACCAGCAACAAGGCACUUCUUAGCCUCUCAAAGAAAUUUAUCAGAAGUUGAUGCUUAUGGGAUUGAUUUGGCAAGAAAGUCUGGGCUCCAACAAAAAGCUACGUUUGACUUAAUGAGUACAUAUGCUGAGGUGGACACAGAAGAACAAAUCACCAAUGUGUUUUGGGCAGAUGCUGGAAUGCUAAUAGACUAUGCACUUUUUGGUGAGGUCGUAUCUCUAGACACAACAUAUUGCACAAAUUGUGAUCAUCGACCUCUUGCAAUCUUUUCUGGCUUUAAUCAUUAUAGAAGUGCAGUCAUUUUUGGAGUAGCAUUAUUGUAUGAUGAGACCACUAUGUCUUUCAAGUGGCUAUUAGAAACUUUCUUAGAUGCUCAUAUGCAAAAGAAGCCUGAAACUGUGUUUACAGAUCAAGAUCAAGCUAUGGCAAGAGCUUUAAGUGAAAUUCUUCCUGACACAAAGCAUUGUCUGUGUACUUGGCAUUUAAAGCAAAAUGGCAUCAAAUACUUGGGAAAUUUAAUGAAAGAUGGAUCACAUUUUUUAACUGAUUUCUGUAAAUGCAUGUCUAAAAUUUCAGAAGAAGACAAGUUUGAAGACGCAUGGAGCCAAUUAAUCUCUUCUUAUGAUGUCCAUGAGAAUACAUGGUUGAUAUCCAUGUAUAAGAUUAAAGAGAAAUGGGCUUGGUGCUCUGUAAAAAAUCAUCGUACUCUAGGUAUGAGAAGUACACAGCUUAGUGAAAGUGUGAAUGCUGAUGUAAAGAGAUGCACAACACCGGGCUUAGCUAUAAAUGAAUUCUUUACCACUUUUGACAAAGUUGUUGCAGAGAAGCGAGACAAGGAAUUGAAGCUUGAGUUUGAUUCUCGACAACAAAUAUUGCGCCAACUUGUGCUAACUUAUACCCCCGAUGCCUUUGACAUGUUCCAAGCACAAUGGAUCUCCAAUUCUCUGUGA